UCCUUUUGGUGGUCCUAUAAUAUCCGAUUUAAUUAAAACUAAACAAUCAAAAAUUGCUCCUAAUGGCAAAUUUGUUUCGUUGUUUCAAGUUGAAAUUGGAUCUGGAAUAGGAAAUGGAAAGGGAAAGGGAAAAACAACUGGUCCAACUGGUCCAACUGGUCCACAGUUCAUUAAUGUAGCUCCUGAUAUAAUUACUACUGAAUUUGUUGUAGCCAGUCAGUUUUGCAAAAGAUCAGGCUGUGCUAAUCGUCAAAAUGUUUUUGAUUCGAAAAGUUCAAAAUCUUUUAGAAGUUCUUUCAGGAAAAGUAAUCCAAUAAAAUAUUUGGACGGAUCUAGAGUUUCUGGAGAAUCUGGUACUGACCUUCUUGCAUUUAGUAAAUCUGAUACUAAAUUUCGUACAAACAUUAUCUUAGCUAACCAGAUAAGUGGUUUGCUUCGUACUCAAGCUGCAGUUGAAGGUGUUAUGGGACUUGGUGCUAAAUCUCAGAUAUGGAAUCAAUUAAAAAGUUCCAGGUUAGAUCAAGUUGUUGGAAUCGCUCUUCCCUUAGGGAAAUGUGAUGUUGGUUCAAUUGCACUUGGAGGAUUAGAUACUCGAUUUAUUAAUGGACCUAUGUAUAAUAUAUCAUUAAAUUCUUCAAAAUCGACCUAUUCAAUAUCAAUUAAUGCAUUAUAUGUUGGAGGACUCCCUAUUAAUUCAACUGUAGUUGAUUCAGUUAUUGACACUAGAAAUGACAGAAUUUCUCUUGAAAAGGCUUCUCGUGAAUUCUUUAGGCUAUUAAAGGCUAAAAAGUCUAAAUCUGGUGGAUUUGUAGUGCCAAAUCCCAUUGAUGUAUCAUUUGAUGUCAUAUUGGAUGAUGAUAAAAUAGUACAACUUACAUUGCCAAAUUCUACAAUCUGUGAUAGUAAUACUGGAACAGGAAUAGGGGAAGGAUCAAAAAAUUGUUUAUCUAUUUUUGAUGACAAAAGUGGACCUAAAGGUGAAAUUACACUCGGAAGGCCAUUUCUUCAG